CUGGCUGCGGAUGGGUGACCCAUAGGACCAUGAUGUGGUCUUUCCCGAGGAGCAGACCAUGGGGUAUUACUGGACCGCCAGAGCCACGGACAUGAGGUCGCCCAUUCAACACCCUCAUGUUCCAGCGAAUAACUUUGAGGCGAGCACCUCUGUCAUCACCAUGCUGCGCGGUUCGGUGGUAUUCUGUGGCAAGGAGGGGGAGUGCGCCCAAUCACACCUGAGGCGAUUCCACGAGCUCAUCGAUGGGAUAAAGAUCAAUAGGGUCCCAGCCGAUGCAAUCCAGCUGAGGUACUUCCCGUUUACUCUGGAGGGGCAAGCCAAGGAGUGGCUAUACACUCGAUCUCCAGGCUCGAUCACCACGUUCGCCAACCUGGCGGACAAGUUCUUUAUUCGCUACCAUCCUCCGUCCAAGACGGCGGACCUGUAGAAGCAAAUUACCCACUUUGCUCAAGACGAAGAUGAGACCAUUCGGGAUGCUUGGGAGAGAUACACCAGUCUCUUCCUCAAGUGUCCCAACCAUGGUUUUACCGACGCCUUCAAGGUGGACACCUUCUAUCAUGCCCUUUUCCCGGAAGACAAGCAGCUGAUUGACUCGGUCUGCGGCGGGAAUAUGCUCACCAAAACACCGCCACAGCUGAAUCAACUUUUUGAAGAGAUGGCAGCAGGGGCGGAGCUACCUUGUGCCUCGGCCCCCCCCCCCCCCCCCGCGAGAAUUUUGGAGAUCGCGUGUAAAAAUAUCGGGAAUUUUGAAAAUUCUGAAGAAGUUAACUAUUUCAGAAUAACAAUAACGUGCAAUAAUGAGUAACAAUGUCU